AGCGACUCUACUUUUGUAUCGGGUCGAAGGCGUCUGUAAAGAACUUCCUCAAUCUCGACAGGAGCUAGUUACUACUCUAAAAUAAAAGGUGUAAUGAUGUAUUAUGACUUGUAUCUUUUCAUAACAUUUGGAAAUAUACUAUAUGCAAGAUAUCAAAAGAAGGUAUCUUCUUGACAGACUUCAAAGAAUCCAGAAUAACACUACUUGCCUCAUCUGCAGACCAUUUAGAUAUGAACAUAUAUCACCCAUCAUUCACUGUCUUCACUGGAUGCCAACUGUGGAAUGUAUAGCCUACUUUGACUUACUCAGUCGUUUCUGGAACUGGUCCUCGGUACCUCUCCAAACUCACUCCCAUCUAUACAUCCACACAUCUUCUUCACUCAUCUUCUGAUACCAAGCUUUGAAAUGAGACAUCCCCACACAUCUGCAAUAUGAAGAACAGUGCAUCUUCUGCAACUCAACUAAAAGAGACAAAAGCAGUGUUGUGAGAGGAAGAUAAGCCUUCCUCCUCCUUCUCCAUGCACCUCCAUUAGAGGAUUAAGACUGUGUUUUGCUGUGAUCUGUGAUUCUUCAAAACAUGAGUAGGCUCAGCAAGAAAGGCAGUAAUGGAAUGAAGUCUUCACCAGGUGCUCCUGCAAGUCGCCCAUCACCAUCCUCCGUGCCGUAUUUUUACGGUCGUAUCACACGGGAAGAAGCAGAGAUCUUUCUUAAAGAGCGGGGCAUGAAAGAUGGUCUGUUUCUACUACGAGAGAGCAUCAGUCCUAUGGGCAAUUAUGCCAUCAGUAUCUGCUACAACAGCAAAAUACAUCACUACAGCAUUGAGAAGCAGGUGGAUGGUAUGUAUAAGAUACCUGAAGGCAAACCAUUUGUGGGGCCAGUGGAACUAAUACUUCACUAUAAGCAGAAUGUGGAUGGCUUCAUUACACAGCCCACCAUCGCAUGCGACCGCCUGCCCUCUCAGUCACCUGUUGCCUUCAGGGGCAUCACCUACCACCAGCUGGAAAAGGCUUUGCAGUUGGAGGCAAAGAAAAUAGGGGCUGACAUGGACAGGGCAAUGGGACCAAUGCGAGACACUUUGGUGAAACGAGUGGCUCAGCAGCUGCACCAGGACAUGCCAUGGUUCCAUUCGAAAAUCACCCGAGAGCAAGCAGUGGCUCGCAUGGAUGAAGAUGGGCAUGUGUCAGGAAAAUUUCUUGUUCGACAGCGUGAUGAGAAAAACUCAUUUGCACUGACAUUAAGCUAUGAAGGAGAAUCUCGCCAUUACCUUAUUGCUCAUAACAAAGAUGGGCGGUACUCCAUUGAGGAUGGGCCACGCUUUGAUUGUCUGAUGAUGCUAAUAGACAACUAUCACAACAAGUCUGAUGGUCUGGCCUGCAAGCUGACUCAGCCUUGCUGUCGCCCUGGCUACAGCAGUAUUGACUAUGAUCAAUACAUGAUCCACAACACAAGAAUGUCCAGUUUACUACGGUCAUCACAAGCUUGGAGAAGAAUGUCUUCUGAGGAUGGUCCCCCUCCGAUUCGUGCCCCGCCACCUCCUCCAGGAAGUCGUCCACUGCCUCCUCGGCCACCAGAACAUGAUGAGGUCAAUGGAGGGAAUGCUGAAGACCACCCUGAUGUCCACCUUGAAAUAGAUGCUGAUGAACUUGAGUCAAUCUAUGGCUCAGUGCGCAUAGAAGUUGCUGCCAAGGAUCUUCAUCCAGACCAAAUAAAACUUGAAAACAAGCUGGGACAAGGCAAUUUUGGCUCUGUAAUGAAGGGCACUUGUACCUUGGGUAGUCAGGUGCUACCUGUAGCAGUCAAAACUUUGAAGACUGCAGAGCUGGCACCAGGUGUAGAGUCUGAGCUAAUGAAGGAAGCAAAACUGAUGCAGCAGAUGGACCACAAGCACAUAGUUCGCAUGAUUGGUGUUUGCAAGUCUGACGAGGUCAUGCUGGUGUUGGAGCUAGCAAAGCUGGGUCCUCUCAAUAAAUACUUGCCCAAGAAUAAGGACAUGCCCCUGUGGAAUGUGGUGGAGCUCAUGGCACAAGUGGCCAAAGGCAUGCGCUACUUGGAGAGUCGCAAUUUUGUGCAUCGUGAUCUGGCAGCCCGCAACAUCCUGCUGUGUGAUCCCCACUUUGCUAAAAUCAGUGACUUUGGCAUGUCAAAGCCACUGUCUCGAGAGAACAACUACUAUGUGGCCCAGGCUGCUGGUAAAUGGCCUCUUAAGUGGUAUGCACCAGAGUGCAUUCACUAUUGGAAGUUUGAUACCAAAUCUGACGUCUGGAGCUAUGGUGUGACUCUAUGGGAAGCUGCCUCCUAUGGGGCUAAACCCUAUUAUAAAAUGAAAGCACAAGAGCUGCUACAGUUCCUGGAAGAAGGUAACCGUCUUGCCAAACCCAUAUCCUGUUCUGAGGAGGUGUAUGAAGUCAUGCUUUCCUGCUGGAAAGACAAAAGAGAUGAGAGGCCAACAUUCAAGGAUCUGGUGUCAAGAAUGGAAGACUUGCAUAAAAGCUUGAAACAGUCUGGCAUCUAAUCUUUGCUCCACCUGUUCAUUUGGCAGCUUAGAGCUGAAGACGCAAUCAGAGAGCAGAUCAUAUUGUGAGAUGCUAUUCAGCAUUCUUUUCCAGGGUUCCCUCCUUUCCCAACCCAUCCCUCCCAGAGGAGGAGGAUGUUGUGUUGUGGGGAGACUCACAAUAUGCCUUAUGGUGAACAAGAACUGUGUAAUCCUUUUACACAUCCUAAUGGUACUUUGUAUAGUUUGCAUUUAACACUUACAAGAUGUUUGCAUUCUGGUAUAAUCUUUGGGAAGUAAUUUUUGUGGAGAUUAUUUUCAUGAAGAUUUUUGUUCUACUUUCCAUGCCCAGUCUAAAAAAACCAUAUUCCAGUUGAUUGAUUCAGUGGUUUAUGGUGGGCUGUCCUGUAGUCAUGUAUGUCUUACAGCUUAGGCAUCAUGGAAUCUGGAAAAGUACAAAUGUUCCCUUUGCAUGAGAUGAACUUAAAAUGUUUUCUAUUUUUAAAUAAUUAUGCAUUUUUAAAAAAGUGAUUUUAUUGCUGCUGACAGUGCACAUUCAUGUGCGCUCAUGCACUUUUGCACUCUUCAGAUCAAGGUGAGCAGCAUGAUUUCUUUUUAAAUAUAUUUUUCUAGCCAGCUGUGAUGCCAUUGCUCAACUCCUUAACAUAUGAAGGAUGCCAGCAUUUCCUUCCAAGUUGACUGUAUAUGCUGUAUCUUGGGAUUACCAAAGUUUUUCAUUUUCUGAAAUUAUGCAGAGAUAAUCAUGUUCAUGUGUAUAUUUAUGCAUGUGCAUGGAGAACUGUGGGUUUUGCACAAACUGUGUGAAUAUAACUACUGUUUCAGCUGUUGAAACAAUUGGAAGAGGUUUGAUUCAACAUCUGCUAGGUGCAUUUGUUGCAGUCCUCAACAUGGAUGAUUAUUCUGCCUAAAAGAAGGCUGUCAUGACUAUGCAAGAACAAGAAAGAAGAAAAUGUGCUAACAAAAUAUUAAUUUUGUAAAUGUCGUUAACGAGCACGUGGAGAUGGUCAGAGGUUGCAAUUGCCACUGCCUCGGCUGAUCACACUGUCGAUACCUCUAUCAAAUCAUGUCGACAUUUACCGCGUGCACUCACACUAAAUUGCUAAUUACACUUUAAUUUGACUCAAGCCCCAAGCACGCGUAACCCCAAUAACCAACUCAAAGCAAUUUAGUGUAUUAAAUACAGAUAUUAAUUAUCGAGAUUUACAAAAAACAUUUUCAGAAAAGUAAUAGAGUUUCAAAAUAUAAAAUAUGUUGGUUAUCUAGGUGUCCCGUAUUUAUCCUUAGUCCAGAUAUCGUGAGCCACUACUUAACUAACACUAAUCUAACUACACACACGGUACACUCGCUUUUCUGGCACACGCUCGCCACUUAUCUUUCGCACACAAAGUCUCGUGCCACGCAGAUGAGCCCUCCGAUGUCCGAGGAUCAGUUGAUAUCGCUCAGUCCUUCGUAGCGGCCUUCUUUCUCUAGCACAGAGACUCUAGCACCGUCUGUCAGCCACGUGUCUUCCUCGUGGCGUCCUUUCUCUCCGCAGAGGCUAUGGUCCUGCCCUGGGUUACCAUGUACAUCUCUCAUCCCUCUAGGUGGAAGCGUUGUCUCAACUGCAGCACCUAACAAGGACCGACACUUAUUCACCAGCUUCAGCCGCUACUGGGUUUGAUAGGCAGCAGCUGGUGAUGAGGCGGUAUGCACUCUGCUGUAGAGCGGGUCACACGCACCUCUUGAGUUAGCUUACAUUAAGUGGACGUCAUGGCGACUCAAGUGGUAUGAGCCUGAGGCUCUAGUCCACCUUCUGCCAGUCGCUCACGCUCAGAUAGAGCAGACGUGUAAACCCACACUACAGCCCUAUUACUAGUUAUCGCAUGACAGUAAUGUUUAGCUACUGCAGGUAUAACAGUGUCAGCUUCAACAUAAGUUUUGACAUUUGUGAGUAGGGACAUCAACAGUACCCAUGAGUUUGGACAUUAAGAUGCAAUGAAUUCAUUUAUCCAGAAGUCUGCUGGAGCAUUGUAUCAGUCAGGUGCAAAUUUUGAGGCUGCAAUAGUAAUUGGAACAUUUCUGGACUAAAAUUUCUGUCCUGGUAACCUGAAGGAUUCAUUUUAAAAAUUCUUAAGCAUUAGUCAUGAAUACUUUUGAUUUGGAGCAAAUUCACAUGAGACUUUGUGGAUGAGAAGGAAAUAAACUACAUUUUCUAAGUGUUCAUAGGACUUCCAUGAGUAACCCGUUUUAAAUAUUUUUUAAACAGAAGUUAGAGCCUGCAACUUUGAUUAUUGUUUUCUGAAUAUAUGGAAUAAUUAAUCUAGGAUCUGAGAUAGAGAAUGACGUUACACCUGUAUGUUUGAUUUGAGAUGCCCAUUUAACAAGUGCUGAAGAUUAGGCCAGACAGUGACAGACAGGCCUCAUCUGUUGCUUUUCUGUGAAAAGCAAUUGAAAUUUUUGACAACAAGCCUUUGACAGGGGUCUAAUGAUUACAGUCAUUGAAACACCAGAGUCACCCCUUUCCUCUGCGUCUGUGUAGUGAGUUGAAGGUGCGUGUUUGUGUGACCUAAGAACAUAGCAAAAAAUAAAAAUCAGGAAGAGAUUCUAGCAUGUGCUAAAGAAAAUCGUAUUUGAAAAAAAGAACGACAAAAACAAGGAUGGAGGGGAUUGUCACCUCACCGUUUUCUGGUGAAAGAAGCAUAGCUGCAGAUAAUGUUACAGUCACCAACUCACCAGCCUGGUGGGGCUCAAGAAAUGACACCUUUUGCCCUAAAUAACAUCUUCACUGAGACAGAACUGAGGAAGCAGGAUAAACAGUGAAUUAUAAUGUGCAAGAAGAGUUGUGUCAGUGCCAUCUUUCACAGAUUGACCUUUUAGCUUAUUGUGAAGACAUUAGCCAACAUUAAAAUGUUCUGAGCAAGAACUGGCUAAUCAACAUAUAGAAGUGGAUCUGCUUACCAGUGUUCAAGAAAUGCCAACUCUGUAAUCCUUGUCAUCUAUUGCGUCCAUUCACCAGGUCAACCAGUACAAGUCAAAGGAAUUUCAAAAUGAGGAAGGCAGGGCCUUUAUAUCCAUGAACACACUUGAUGUGAGAUGUUGGAUAUGGUGAGGUUGUUGGAGAGUUGCUAGUAGACUAUGAUAAGUAUUGUCUAAGGGUAGAGACGUUUUUUUGCUAGGGUUCUUUAGUCUGUUACAAAAUGUCAUAUGUUAGGAAAUGUCUGUUAAGAAAAAUAAGAGCUUGGCGCUGACUGCAGCCUGCUUAUGUUUCAUGAUUGGAUGUUUUCCAAUUUUGUAUUCUUGUCUGUCAGUGUUGGAACAUUGUACAUAGCACACUGAUCAGUCUUAAUUCUUCUUGUGUGUUUAAUGUGUUCAUGAUUAGGGUGAAGUUGCAGGCAGUCAGUGGGAACAGAUGGCAAGUCAUCUGCUUCCUCAUUGAGCAGAACUAUGCAACAUGAUGUUGGGCCCCAUUAACCAAAGCAGGGUUGAGGUACAGAUUGUUGGAAGGAAGGUACUUGUGACCAGAACCAGUAUUCCAGGCAUAAUGAAAAAUCUUUUUUUUAAGCUGCUGUUCUGUAAUUCAUUAAUUCUUUUGCUGUUUUCUUUUUUUAAGAAUUAGCACAGUGUAAGAGCAGUUGAAGUGUCAGAGGUGGAUCAUCUCACCACACAGAUGACCCUCAGAAAGCUGAUGUAGAAAUCUCUGGGAUAAAACACCAAAAGAAAUAUGAACGCUCGCAAUAACUGCUUUAUAAUUUUUACCUCAGUUGCAUCAGGAUGUGUUUUAAGAAUUUCCCAGAUCUCUUUCCCCCAAUUUACAGAAGGCCAGCUUGGCUGACACGUCACAUAUUACUGUCAAAUUCAUUAGCAAAUUUUGUUUUCGGAUGACUGGGUUCAAUUAAGGAUGUGAUACUUAUGCCCAUUCCAGUUUUGUUCCUUGUAUCUUAUUUAUUUUCUUUUAAUGAAUUAGGCCAGUCAUUUGAAAAAUGCCUUGGAUUGGUCCACAAUGUGAAAACAGUUGGAGAUUUAUAUACAGUGAUAGGUAUCUGUUGUUAAGAUAAUGUUUGUUUAAAUUUUCUUUACAGAAGUGUUUCUGCUGAUAAAAGGUUGAUUUCUUAGUUUUGCUCUUUUUGAUUUACUGCUCUUUUUUGUUUAAAUGUUAAAAAGAAAGCUUUGCAGACUUGCACACAGCCGUAGGAUAUACAUGCACUUGGACAAAACUUACAUGUGUUUAUUGUCAUGCUUGGUAUAUCAGCAUCAAAUGCAUCUGGACUGUUUAACAUGUUUCUUAACAGAGCAUGCUUACAAUUCACAUGCUGUUAAGAGAGGACACUGUAUUAACACUUUUUGUGUGCUGUAAUUCCACAGAAAGAAGAAUUUGUAUACAGAAGAAUAAAUAUCUUUUUUAUAAUUUUUAUUUGCAAUGCAAAUAGAAGCAAUGCACUCAUGCAUGUGCAUGCACACAUCCACAUAUAAAAGAUAUUGAGAGCAUUUAUCAUCCAUAGAAGAAUGGAGACUUAUAAAGGAAAGAAAAUUCCAGGCAACUUCAUGUAGUCUUACAUGGAGAAAAAAAAAAAAUCACUUCUUCACAAGAGUUUUGAAAAGUUGUCAAGGAAUGCUGGAAAUGUUAAUAACACUGUUAAAGAAAAUCAUGGACUGGAAACAUGGAACUGUUUAUUUAACUAUUUUUGCUGGAAUCCUUCAGAUGCAGUCUUCAAUCACCAUUGUGCCUUGUCACCGCUCACUUUCGCUUCAUCAUUUGAAGCUAAUUUAGACUUGUUUGAAAACUACUUUUUGUGACAUUGUUAGAUUGAGCUUGUAUGUUUUCUCACUCUGUCCACGAACCCCAUCCCCACUUUCCAGAUGCAGACUACAGACAUUGGAGAUGUUAACAUUAGCCUAGGAUAGGCUUUUACUUUAUACAGUAUGGCUGUCAUGUCUUCCUAAAGGUCUUCCACAGGGGUUCUUUCCCUCUCUGCAUAUUGAAAAAUAUCUCGUUUAGACAAUUUUGUUUUUAAAGAAAUGUUUGGCAUGCCAUGUUUUAAGAAAAUGUAUACAAUGCUUUUUUGCUGCAUUUAAACAUUCCAUAAAUUUUGUGAUCACUUAUGA